AUGUGGCGGGGUCCGUUCGCGUCCACGGCAAGCGCCACGCUUCACAGAGGAAAGAACUCUGUGCGGCGGCAGGCCGGACAGCUGCAGAGCUUCUGGGAAGCUUCGCCCGCGCGGCAGAGCGCCUCCUUGACUUCCGCGGAUGGCGCAGCCAGUUCCGCCGCAAGCAGCGCCGCCUUUGCCACCAGGGUUGACAGCGGCGCCGCAGUGCGGAGCUGCGAAGGUGCGGAGGGUGGGUUGUUGCGCGGCGGCUGUGAUCUCGCCAGCCGCGUGUCGUCCGGUGCGCCAAACGCGGCGGAUCUGGCGGUUCCAAUUACGAGUCGCUCAUCGCACGCAGUCUCCGCUCUUCUCUCGAGUCCAGCCACGGGAUGGGGAGCUGGGAUCUCCCACUUGCACCCUUCCCGUUCCGCCUUCUAUCCCUCUCACUCUGGAUCUCGUGCCCUUAGGAACGCCUCUGCGGCAGCGACAGCGGCGGCGGCGGCGGCGGCAGCGGCGACGAAAUCGGCGCCUGCAGCGGUGCUAGCCACCAGCAUGGCCCUGCCCUGUCGGCAACUGCUCGCUGCCGUCUGCCCCACCUCCGUCUUCCACGUCAUCGACACGUGGGUGACGGCACCGGACGCUGCCACCAGUGGAGCCUCGGUCAACGCGGUCAACGGGCCAAGGCAGGAUCCGAGCGCCGGACCUUGGUCACUGGCGCUCACUAGGGGCGGGGGGGUUGCACCCGCGACGGGCGGAAGCGGGGGGCGAGAGGACGUCUUGCGCAGGCUUGGGGGGAGCGGUAUUGGGCAGGUGGGGGAAGGGAAUGCGCGCGGCAGGGGCAUUUCGGGAACAGCCGCGCCUGCAGGCUUCCCGCAGCCGGUUUCAGAGGUGUCUAGCGUAGAGGCGGAAGUAGGCGCAGCGGAAAGCGCAGCUUUAGGCGCAGAGGCGGGAUCAGUUGCAUGGGGAGAAGCGGCGGAAGUAGGAGCGAAGGCGAACGUAGGAGGACAGGCAGUAGCGGAGGAUACGGAGCCUAUGUGGACGUUAGAUCUGGACCCCAUCCGACCUGCCGCGAGCGCGCACGAGGCGCUGGAGCGCGGGGACGGGCGGGGGGGAAUGCCGGUGGCGGAAGAGGCGCUGUGGCGCGCGCGGGUGGCGGAGCUGAUGCGCGUGGCGCUGGAGGAGGUGGAGGAGCGGCGCAGCAAGCUGAAGGUCCGCGCGGAGGACGAGGAGCGGCAGCGGCAGCGGGAAGUAGAGGCGUUCAAGAAGGCCGCGGACGAGUACCGGCGGGAGCAGCAGGAGAUGAUGAAGAAGCGCAUGGGUCCGCGCACGGGCAUGGGGAAGCAGCUCAUGUCGCAGUGGUUCGCGCGCCUCAAGACCGCCGUGCUGGAGGAGCGCGCGCGCUAUGAGACCGGGGGGGAGCGCGCGCCGUCCAGCAGCAGCAGAAGCACCGCCAGUGGCGGCAGCGGGAAGAGUAGCGGGGGGGGAAGGGGGGUUGGUCAGCUGACGAGCGCGGACCGCGCGCUGCAGGUGUUUGGGGACUUUCUGGUGAAGGUAGACGCGGAGAAGCUCGCAGCCAUCACCCUGAACCGCACCGUGGACCUGCUUCUAUCAGAGCAGGUGCGCAUGGCGCGUGGCAGGGAUGGCGCGCAGGGGCAGCGCCAGGGCGGGUUCGGCGGGGGCGCGGGCGGGGGCGGGGGCGGGGGCGGCGGGGGCGGGGUGCGGGGCGAGACGGAGAAAGGGCAUAAGUCGUUUGCGAAGGCUGUGUCUCUGGCGACGCAGAUUGGGAAGGCGGUAGAGGUGGAGAUGAAUUUGGCGCGCGUGCAGGAGGAGGUAAGAAGGAGCAUGCGGGUUCUCAAGAAGAAGCAGCGCCAGCAGGCUGCUAGAGACGCGGAGCAGGCGGAGGCAGCUGCGCGGGACGCGGGGGACGGGGGAGGAGGAGCAGGUGGGGAAGCAGCGGGAGAAGCAGUUGCGGAGGGCGCGGGGGUGAAGGCGAAGGGGAAGGGGAAAGCGGGGAAAGGGGGAGGGGGCGCGGGGGAGGCGGGGGCGGGGGAGACGGGGGCGGGGGAGGCGGAGGUGGAUAUGGAGCGCAUGGCGCAGCAGAGGGACGUGCUGCGGAAGCUGAGGAAGGAGAGCCAGCUGUCGGAGUGGCAGAAGAAGCGGCUUGUAGCGGCGGCUGUAGCGCAGGCUCAGGAGCCGUGGAGCACGGAGCAUUAUGUGCAGGUGGGGUCGUGCCUCAUCCAGCUGCUGCUGCAGUCCGCGCAUGUUCCCCAGUCGAUGCUGACGGGGAAGAAGAAGGGGGGCGGGGAAGGGGAGAGUGGUCUGGAGGAGGGAGCAGCGAAGGGAAAGAAAAAAGGCGAGGGUGUGACUGAGGGGAAGAAUGGUGGGGCGGAGGGGGGUGCGGCAGAGGAGGAGUUUGUGCCGGCGUUUGUGAUGGAUCGAGUCAAACUGGGCACUGGCGGGGCGCAUCAGCGGUAUGGAGUGGUUGCAUGCGCCACAGAGCUCAGUGACAUCCUCGAUAACUUCGCAUUGCAGCACGUGCCCUACAUGCCCUACAUGCCCAUGCUUGUGCCGCCGCGAGAAUGGCGCAGGUACAACUGGGGCGGGUAUCUCUUCCUGCCCAACAACAUAAUGCGCGUCUUUGGCAACCCAGAGCAGCGCAACGUGCUUCAGCGCACCGAGCCUGCCAGACUGCGCCGAGUCUUCCGGGCGUUGAACGUGCUGGGGUCCACGCCGUGGCGCAUCAACGAGAGGGUGCUGGGGGUGCUGGAGAAGAUCUGGCUUGACGGCGGGGGCAAGGCGGGUCUCGUUGAGAGAGAUGAUGUGCCGGAUGUGAGGCGCCUUGAGAAGGAGAACAUGGAGCGCCACUCCAUGCGCCAGGACCUCCGCCUCAAGCUCGAGGACCUCCGCCUCAAGCUCGAGGUGGCAAGGCAGUAUGCAUCGGAGCCGCGCUUCUACUACCCACACAACCUGGACUUCCGCGGCCGCGCCUACCCCAUGCACCCGCACCUCAACCAUCUCGGCGCCGACCACUGCCGCGGCCUCCUCCGCUUCGCCGACGGCAAACCCCUCGGCCCCUCCGGUCUCCGCUGGCUCAAAAUCCACCUCGCGAACCUCGUCGGGAGCGGCGCGGACAAGCUGAGCUUCGACGAGAGAGUGAGAUACGUGGAUGAGCGGAUGGAGAGGGUGAGAGCGUCGGCGGAGGAUCCGUUGGGGGAGGAGGGCGGGUGGUGGAUGCAGGCGGAGGACCCGUUCCAGUGCCUGGCUGCGUGCAUUGAGAUUGUUAGCGCGGUGGACUCGGGGUGCCCGGAGAAGUUUGUGUCGAGCCUGCCCGUGCAUCAAGAUGGGUCGUGCAAUGGGCUGCAGCAUUACGCGGCGCUCGGCCGGGAUGUGUCUCCGUGCAAUCCAAUCCCCUUCAGUCAACCACUCCAUCAUCCCUCUCUUGUCCUUUCCUCCAACCCCUUUCCCCAACCCCUCCUCCCAAUUAUUACCCUUAACCACGCCUAUCCUCACCUGCUAUCUCCACCCAUCUGGCAGGAGGGAGCACGGUCGGUGAACAUGGUGAGCAACGAGCGGCCUGCUGACGUGUACACGGGCAUCGCUGAGCUGGUGAAGGAGGUGAUGCAGGGUGACGAGGCAAGCAGUCACGGGCCGACGCCGACGCGCAGUCCCAGUCAGCAGCCAAGUCAGCGUGGCAGCAAGGGGAAGGGGGGGCGUUUUGGGGAGGGGGCAGAUGCGGUGGCAGAUGCUGCGACAUGCAGCAGUGAUGCGGGGGAGGGGAGGGAGGGAGGUGAGGCGAUGCGGGGCGAUGGGGAUGCUAUCUCGGCUGCGGACAUUGCUGCUCUUGAUGCCAUUCUUGGUGAUGGAUUGGUGGCAGGUAGCGACAGCAGCAGCGGCAGCAGCGGCAGCAGCAGCAGCGGUGGUGGUGACUUGUGUAGAGCAGACGAGGAGGAGUGGGGCAGUGGGAGCGACCCUGCUGCGACUUUACUCUCGAGCGACGACGACCAAGACGAUGCAAGCAGCAGCAGCAGCAGCUCCGAUGCGCUCAGACUAGCAGGUGACAAGUCUAGGCGAGACAGCAACCGAAGCACGAGCAGCAGCAGCAGCAGCAGCAGCAGCAGCAGCAGCAGAAGUAGUGACGUAUUGGAUGAUCGCGACGGCAGCAGCGGCGUGGAUGCGGAGGCGAGGAGGCGCGGCGUGCACGCGCGGUUCCUGGCGGGGCAGGUGGACCGCAAGCUGGUGAAGCAGACGGUCAUGACGUCCGUGUACGGGGUGACCUUUGUGGGCGCGCGCACGCAGAUCAUGAACCGCAUCAAGGAGCGCUCGCUCACGGAUGACGACCACCAGCUCUACUCCGCCUCGGCGUAUGCUGCCAAGGUGACACUAGCAGCCAUGGAUCAGAUGUUUGACUCAGCCCGACAGAUCAUGGCAUGGCUUGGCAAAUGCGCUCAGCUGAUAGCAGCGGAGAACGAGAGUGUGAGUUGGAGCACGCCGCUGGGGCUGCCGGUGGUGCAGCCGUACCGCAAGGAGGGCCGCAAGGUCGUCAGGACCGCGCUGCAGUCAUUCACGCUCAUCGACGACCGCAUGCGCCGCGACGUGGUGGGGCAGCGGCAGAAGUCAGCGUUCCCGCCCAACUUCGUGCAUUCACUGGACUCCACGCACAUGAUGAUGACUGCCAUGGCCUGCUACAACCGCCGCAUCAUAUUCGCUGGCGUGCAUGACUCGUACUGGACGCAUGCGGCGAGUGUGGAGCGCAUGAAUGAGAUCCUCAGGAAGCAGUUCGUGGCUCUGCACUCCCAACCCCUGCUCGAGAACUUGCUGGAGGAGUUCAGGGAGAAGUACCCGCACCUGGACUUCCCCAAUGUGCCGCGCCGCGGCCAGUUCGACCUCAACAACGUGCUGCAGGCACCCUACUUCUUUGACUAG